CUUUCUGUUUAACCAGUCGACACGCCAUUCUCCUCUGUCACUUUCCCAGCAACUUCCUCCAAAGCUCAGAUAUAUAAUACCCCUUUCCCCUUCUUUUUCAUUUCAUCUUACUCCAUCUCUUCACAACAAGUUUAUAGAUUUUUUUUCUUCAGAUUAUCUGAAUCAAAGAUUUUAAUAGUUACGAUGGAGAACAACAACCAAUCUUUCUGGCAGUUCAGUGACCAGCUUAGGGUGCAAACAUCUAAUCUCGCAAAUCUUUCGGUCAACGAUUCAAUCUGGAGCAACUCAUACGGCAGCAAGAGGCCUGAUGCAAGGCGGAACUUCGAUAUCAAGGUCGGCGGUGAGGUGAACUCUCUGGUCAACUUGACUCCCAAAGGGUCUGAUUUCAAUGGUUUGGAUUACAAGCAGAAAGGAUCAUCGGACCCGAACGAGGGAUGGAACAGCUUCAAGCCCAAGGCUUCUGAGCUGAACGUGGUGAGUGAUAGGUGGAACUCUUUCAAGCCGAAAGCUUCAGAGUUCAACUCUUUCAACCCGGAUUUUAAUGGGUUCAACCAGAAGGUCCCGAACUUUGAUGGGUUUAACCAGAAGAUGCCGGACUUUAAUGGGUUCAAUCAGAAGGUUCAGGACUUUAAUGGGUUCAAUGAAGGGUGGAAGCUUGGGGCUUCUGCUAAUGGAGGCAUCAAUGGAGGCUUCAACAAGGGGAUUUACUCCAAGCCUGCGAUUCAUAGCAAUAAUAUUAACCUGAAGGCGUACAAGAACCAGGGGGAGGAGUUUGAUCUGGGAGUUAAAGGUGGGAAGAAGAACAACAAUAGCAACAAGAAGAAGAAUGGUGAUGACAAUAACAAGGAUGUUAAGGGUGACAAGAAAUUCAAGACCCUUCCACCGUCUGAGUCUCUCCCUAGAAAUGAGACCAUUGGUGGUUACAUCUUCGUCUGCAACAACGAUACCAUGCAAGAGAAUCUCAAGAGGGAGCUCUUUGGUUUGCCUCCACGUUACCGUGACUCAGUCCGUGCCAUUACUCCAGGGUUGCCCCUUUUCCUUUACAACUACUCCACUCACCAACUCCAUGGAAUUUUUGAGGCUGCAAGCUUUGGAGGAACCAACUUUGAUCCAUCUGCUUGGGAAGACAAGAAAUGUCCUGGUGAAUCGCGCUUCCCUGCUCAGGUGAAAGUUUUAACGAGGAAAGUCUGUGAACCACUGGAAGAGGAUUCCUUCAGGCCAAUUCUUCAUCACUACGAUGGCCCUAAAUUCCGUCUUGAACUCAGCGUGCCAGAGGCUCUCUCUCUGUUGGACAAGUUUGCAGACCAAGAUGAUAUAUUUGUAAAUGAAACCCCUUGAACAAACAUCGGGGCCGUACAGAAGAGAAACAUACAAAAUAGUGAAGAAAGAGUGAAC